AUGAAAACAGACUUCAUAAAAUUUCAUUCAAAAUGCCGAGAAAUUACGGUAUUUGCACAUCCUUUGGAUGCCAUAGAUGACGAAGAAUUUGCUCUGUUGUACGAUGCAACUAAGCCAAAGAGCCAUAGAGUACCAUUUUGGCGUUACCAAAGCUUUGAUAUAGAUAAAAUGACAGAUGAUGAAUGUUUGGCAGAGUUUCGAUUAUUCCGAAAUGAUAUUUACAACCUUGUAGAUAUACUGGAAUUGCCUGUUGAUAGAAAAUGUUAUAAUGGCCUGAAGAUCGAUAACAUUGAGGGACUGUGUAUUUUCUUGAAGAGGUUUGCAUAUCCUUGCAGAUAUGUAGAUAUGGUCCAUAGAUUUGCAAGACCUGAACCUCAGUUGUGUAUGAUCUCGAAUCAAGUUCUGAAUAUAAUUCAUGAACGAUGGCAGAAUUUACUCACUGAUUUUGACCAGGGCUGGUUGCAGCCAGAAAACUUAGAAACUUUUGCCGCAGUUAUACACCGGAAGGGUGCAGCUCUAGACAACUGCUGGGGUUUUAUCGAUGGGACUGUUCGGCCUGUUGCACGACCUGGUCGAUUUCAACGUAUGCUUUAUAAUGGACACAAGAAAGUCCAUGCUAUCAAGUUUCAAUCUGUUGCAACCCCUUCAGGCAUGAUAGCUAAUCU